AUGGGCCGGGGGAGAGGGGCGUGGAAACCCCACAGAAGAGGGUGCGGAGUCCCUGGGAGGAGGACUUGGAGACCCCGGGGGGGGAAAGGGCUUGGAGAGCCCCAGGAGGAGGACUUGGAUACCCCCAAGAAGUGCGCUUGGAGACACCGGGAGAGCACGCACGGCGGGGCGAGCACACACUUCAGACGAAGGCUUGGAAGCUCGUCGGGUUCCGCGGAGGGCAGGGGAGGAGGAGGGGGCAGGCAAGGGCGGAUGCGCGCUGGUCCCCGUUCCGCCCCGCUCGGCGCUCGGCCUCCGAUUGCUCAGGUCUGGCCACCAGACCGGAGGUCGACGGCGGAACGCGUCGCUCCGCGUCCCCGGCCGCGCUGGUCUCGCGCUAACUCUUGCGGCGCUCGUCCCGGGCUUGGGGCGCUCGUCCCGGGCUGGCGGCGGAUCCCGCGUUCGUCCUGGCUCCGCGGCGGCCUGGCCAAUGGCACCUCAGAGGAGGGGAGCUCCCAAGGCGCCAGAGGGCAACGGGGCAGCGGAGCGCCGGCGCCCGAGCAGUUGCGCAGCACAGGCUCCGGACGUGCAGGCUCAGCGGCCAUGGCUCACGGGCCCAGCUGCUCCACGGCAUGUGGGAUCUUCCCGGACCGGGGCACGAGCCCGUGUCCCCUGCAUCGGCAGGCGGACUCUCAACCACUGCGCCACCAGGGAAGCACGAGCCGGGCUGUUCCAGGCGAAGGUGUCACCCACAGCUUUGCACCUGCAGUUAGCACCAAGAGUGUCCGGGCGCCUCGGUAUGUGUGGAAGAAGUGGCUGAGAGUUGCCGUCCUGGGGGCCUGCACCACGUUCAUCGCGCUCCUGCUCUGGGGCAGUCUGGGGGGUGAUGACAGCAUCACUGAGGUCCUAGCUCAUCGAAGUGAGGUCCUGCCAGGCAGGUUCAUCGAGGUGCCCUGCUCCGAGGACUAUGACAGUCACCGAAGGUUUGAAGGCUGCUCCCCGAGGAAGUGUGGCCGGGGCGUCAGCGAUGCCAUCAUCACCAGGGACGAAGCCCGGAGGAUUCGCAGCAUAGCCGAGAAGGGGCUGUCCCUGGGAGGAUCGGACGGAGGGGCGUCUAUCCUGGACCUGCACUCGGGGGCCUUGUCUGUUGGGAAGCACUUUGUGAACCUGUACAGAUACUUUGGGGAUAAAAUACAAACUAUCUUCUCAGAAGAGGACUUCCAGUUGUACCGGGACCUGCGGCAGAAGGUCCAGCUGGCAAUCGCCCAGGCAUUUGGCAUCAGCGCGUCCUUGCUGCACCUGACGAAGCCCACCUUCUUCUCCCGCAUCAACAGCACAGCGGCCCGCACGGCUCAUGACGAGUACUGGCACGCGCACGUGGACAAGGUGACCUACGGCUCCUUCGACUACACAUCGCUGCUGUACCUCUCUGACUACCUGGAUGACUUCGGUGGCGGGCGGUUUGUGUUCAUGGAGGAGGGGGCCAACAAGACGGUGGAGCCGAGAGCAGGUAGGACUCACGGGCGGGCCUUUCCCGGGAUGCUGCGUUUACGGCGUGUCCAGUGUGUCCAUGGAGCACAUUCGUCAGAGGAGGAGGUGGGCGCGGCCACGGUCACUGCUGUCACUGCGGAGUGAGUUCCCAGAGCCAGCCCGUCUCCAUCCCCUGUAGUGACUCGAAGCUUAAGACGAGGCAGUGAUCCUGACCUAAUGUGGGUAAACUGCACUGAGCACAGCACCUGCCUCCCCGACCUGGUGGUCCCAGAGCUCCUGCUGCCCCCAGCC